AUGGGGAGAAAAAGAUGCUACUGCCCAUAUUGCGAUGUUUAUUUAGUACAUAACAGCUUAAGAUCGCGAAGAGACCAUCUAAAUGGAUUUAAGCAUUUAGCUGCAGUUUCUAUUUAUUAUCACAGAUUUAUUCCUGAAGUUUUCAAAAAUGGAGGAUUUUCAACAAAUGAAACAGAAGAUACAUCAGGUUUACCAAACACACCACAGCCAAAGGGAUUACCAAAACCAAAUCCAACAAAUUCAAUCUCACCAUUACCUAUUCCUCCUGUUAUGCCGAAGCCAGUUAUAUCUUCAACACUUCCUCCAAUCCCUCCACCAGUACCACGCCCUUCUGGACCACCUACUCUCCCAACUAUUCCUCCAUCUUUACCAAAGCCUGUUGGACCUCCUUCAAUUCCAAAACCUGUAGGACCACCUACAAUACCAAAGCCAAUUGGGCCGCCCUCCAUUCCAAAACAAGUUGGUCCUCCAUCAAUACCAAAACCGAUCGGUCCGCCUUCUGUUUCAAAGCAGAUCGGUCCACAACCUGUCCAAAAACCUAUUGGACCGCCUUCAAUUCAAAAACCAAUAGGUCCUCCUUCAAUUCAACGCCCUAUAGGUCCGCCAUCUCCUGCUUCUGUACAAGAACCAAAUCGAGAUGAUUCCGCAACAAAAUGA